AUGAGUGAAAGCAAUGUAGUAGAGGAUGUUCUAGAAUUGUUAGCUCAGGAUACAAAAUUUACGGCUGAAUCACACUUGUUUAGGUUCUAUAAUAAAUUAAAUACUUUCUAUGAAAAACAAGAGAAGUCUAGAGUAUGUAAUGAAAAAAACAAUAUUGAUAUUCAACUUUGUCGUGUUACUAAAGAAAUAAUGAACAAUUGGGAUGAUGGUAUCUUGAAUUUAUUUAAUUCACAUGAUAUAAACAAACCUAAAUUGUGUGAUUAUACAUUCUAUUGGUUAUAUGGCAAAUUAGUGGAACACAAUUUUAAUUUUGAGCGUAUCAACUCAGUAUACAGUGAAUUAUCUAGUUUUAUGGAAAAUAAAUGCUUUAAAAAAAAUGACGAAAAUUUCCAUAUAAAAAAGGUAUACGAUUUAAAAGCAUUAAAGAAUAAAAAAGAAUUAUACGAUUUUGUAGAAUAUUAUAAAAUUUUUAAAGAUAAAUGGAACGAUGGAAACGGUGAUAAUAAAAAUAAAUAUUGCAAAUAUACAAAGUACAUCCUUGAAGUAUUCAAGGAAAUGGGGAAAAAAAAAUGUUCAUCAAUAUAUGAGUAUGAAAUAAAACAUUUCGAAAAAGAAAUUAUAGAUAAUGGUCAGGAAUUUCUACUUAAAUUAAAAAAAUGCCCCGAUGUAGAGUUUGAUCAAGAGUUAUUUAAAAAAAAUGAAGUACCGUGCAUAAAAGGAAACGAACAGACUAAUAUAUCAGAAAAUGUCUUAGGAGAAUUAUCAUCAUAUGAUAUAUAUAAAAAACUCAAUAAUGAAGAUAGUAUAAAUAACUAUGAUAGUUAUUGUACAAACAUAGGAACUACUGGAGGUAACACAUCAGAUGUUAAGAAAUUGUGUCAAAAAAUUGUAAGAAAUUUGAUAAAUAUGUAUGAAAUACAGGACAAGGAAAAACGUAACGAAUGUUGUUUAUAUUUCAAUUAUUGGUUACAUGAUCAAAUAAAAAGUAUUUUUGGUACUAAUCUAGAUAAUAAUAAUUACAAAAGCCAUGCUCCUAAACUAUUAGAAUUACAAUUUCCUAUUAAUAAUAAAUUAAGUAGGCAUGACUGUUAUUACAGUUUUAAUAAUAAAUUGGAUGAAUGGGAAGAGAUUAUGUAUUUGCUAUAUUAUUUCAAAAAUUAUAACACCUUUUCAUCUAUUACACCUGAGGAGGAAAAACGUGACAAAUAUUGUGUUUAUUUCACUAAAAUUAAAAAUUUGUUUGAAAAGCACAUAAAUUAUUGCUGCACUUGCUUUACCAAUCCAAGUAAAUAUUGUGUGAAUUACUGUCCAAAAUAUUUUGAAUGCGAAGAAAAGUAUUAUCCGAUCGAUCUAAUUGCGAAGCUAUCAUGUGCCGGAGAUGUACCCACCGAAAGCGCAGAAACGUUGUUCAAAUCGGUAACCGUUGACCAUAAGGCUUACCUACUAAGUAAUCAACCAAAUAAACCCCAAAAAAGUAAAUCAAUCGAAUCCAGUGAACCAAUCGAAUCAAGUAAAUCAAUCAAAUCCAGUGAACCAGAUGAACCAGAUGAACCAGAUGAACCAAAUGAAAAUGAUACAUCACUAAAAGACAUAUUUCAUGAACUAACGUCUGACCCCUUUAAUUUGUUCGGCAUGGGUGGUCUUUCAUUUGUUGCAAUAUCUCUUUUGUUUUUCGUUUUCUAUAAGUUUACGCCCAUAGGAUCGUCGAUGAAUAGGAAGUCAGCAAGACAACAAAAAUUUAAUCAAAGCAUCCAUUAUAACAAUAUGCAACAAGAGUUAGUGUAUGAUUCAGAACCUCAAAAUAUGAAUCCGCGUAAGAAACGAAUCAGCAUAGCUUAUCAAGCGGAUUGA